AUGGGGUUCCACUGCCUGCUACUGCUGCUGCCUCUGCUGUGGCAGGCACAAGAGGCUUCUGAUUACUGGCUGGAGGUGCAAGAGCUGCUGGACGUGCAGGAAGGGCUGUGUGCCCAUGUGCCCUGCAAGAUCUAUGCCUACUGGUUCCGGGAGAAGGCUGAUAUAUUCAGGGACCCUCCUGUGGCUACAAACAACAGAGAGCAAGUAGUGAGUAAAGACACCCUGGGACGAUUCCAUCUCCUUGGGGACCCCCAAGCCCAGAACUGCUCCCUGAGCAUCAGCGAUGCCAGGAGGUCAGACACGGGCACAUACUUCUUCCGGGUGGAGCAAGGACAAGUGAGACACAGCAACAGAUACACACAGCUGAACGUGCAUAAACCAGCCAUCCAUGUGCCUGAGCCUAUGGUAUCAGGCCGUGCUGGGUGCCUCAUCUGCAGCCAGCCAGGAGCCUGCAACAAAACGAACCUCAGUGUUUCUUGGGCUGGUGAGAUGAUCAACCUCAACACAGAGGCCUCUUCAGAGCUGAGCAGCCUCACCCUGGGGCCCCAGGACCAUGGCAGAAACCUCAGCUGUCUGGUGACACACCUGAGGACAGGGAAGACCACAGAGAGAACCAUUCGACUCAAUGUGUCCUAUGCCCCACAGCUGAUGACAGUGGAUAUUUUCCAUGGGAACCUCACAGUCCACCUGGAGACCAUGCGUGAUGGUUCGCUGUCCCUGGGCAUUCUGGAGGGCCAGUCCAUACAUCUGGUCUGCAGUGCCCACAGCAACCCACCUGUCAUGCUGAUCUGGUCCCGGGAUGGGAAAGCCUUGGACCCCUCCAGGCCGGGGAGCCCAGAGAUCCUGGAGUUGAGCCCGAUCAGGGCUGCAGAUGCUGGAAUGUUCAUGUGCCAUGCCCAGAAUCCACUGGGCUCCCUGAGUGUGUCUGUUCAGAUGUUAAUGAAGGGUGCAGACAUGAGGCCCCCUGCCAGCCUGCUGCUGCUGCCUCUGCUGUAUGGGGGUGAAUAA